UGUCCUCUGCAGCCUUCAGCCCCCCAUCCAUCUCAGUCUCCUUGAAGAAUGACAGCAUGUCUGUGGAGGUGCAGUUUCCUUGUGCGGCCAACAGGAGGUGCGCUCAUGAUGUGUGCUGUCCCAUCUCAAAACUGAUAGACCCCUGGACCACAGUGACUGUGUACAAUGAGCUCAAUCGCUCUGAAAACCAGAGCCGCACAGUUUGGACCCAGGAAGUGGUUUCCAUCUUGGAGUUUUCAGGUCUGUCUCCAGGUCAGAGCUACUGUGCUGUCGCCAACUUCUCCUUCCCGAUCUACUCUAUAGCUGCCUCCCCAAAAUCUGCUCCAGGGUGUGUUGCAACUCGUUCCAGUUCAGGGAUGCUGCUGAUGUAUUGUGCUGGCAUUGGUCUGUUCUUUCUAGUCCUUUUGUUAUUUCUUGCCGUGUUCCUGCAAAAACCCAGACGGGACAGACCGACCCCUGAUAAUCCACCGAAGGCUCUGACGGCGGCUCAAGAUCUGGAUUCUUUGGCUCCUCCCGUCUUUGUCCCCGUCGACCCUUGUGACAUAAACUUGGAACUCUUAGAUGAAAACAGCUCCAACAUGGGCUUGACCUCAAGUUCAAAAAGCAAGACCUCCAGCCCACUUAUACAUUUUGACGCCAGUGGAGGUGUAGUAUAUUGUUACAGUGAGGUACUGAAGCAAAAAAGAUGAUAGGACUCAUCAUGAGCAAUCCUACUUUGUCUUCUUUCUUUCUGGUGACGCGUCAAAUGGAAAAUAGAAGACUUUCAAACAAAGGGGUUUGGUUCAAUGGAUCCUCCAUACUGGAUUAAGAACAAUGCAUGAUCCCUUGGAUUUGAAAACCUACUUUCAGUGUAAAGACACUUAUGACCCCAAUUUGCUCUCUCAUUAUGGGAGGUAUAUGUAGCUGAAAACAUCAUACAGACUUUUAUGAGUU